AUGGCGGCUGCGAGUCAUGCUAGCCAUGAGGAGAAUUUGAGGGAAAAGGAGAGGGAACGGAGGAGGGGGAAGGAGAGGGAGAGGGAAAAGGGAGUGGGGUAUUUGGGUGGUGCGAAGGAGCGAGAAAGGGAAAAGGGAGUUUAUACUGUGGGAGGGAAAGAAGCGGAUGUGAGAGCGUGGAAAAAAGUUUGGAGUCGAGGAACUGAUGCAGUUAUGGAUGUACCUUUAGGUGGAGUAUGUGAGAUUUUAUAUGGAGAUGGAAGGGAAGAUCGUGAAUUAGACAAUGAUGAUGAUGAUUACUAUUGA